GGCUGGGUACGGUGGCUCAGGUCUGUAAUCCCAGCACUUUGGGAGGCCGAGGCGGAUGGAUCACCUGAGGUCAGGAGUUCGAGACCAGCCUGGCCAAUAUGGUCCCAGCUGCAGGGCAGCCAUGAGCCUGGUGGCCUGCGAGUGCCUGCCCAGCCCCGGCCUGGAGCCUGAGCCUUGCUCACGAGCACGGUCCCAGGCUCGCGUGUACCUGGAGCAGAUUCGCAACAGGGUGGCUCUGGGGGCAUCUGACGUGACAAAGCGUGACUAUCUGGUGGAUGCGGCCACGCAGAUCCGGCUGGCCCUGGAGCGCGACGUUGGUGAAGACUAUGAGGCGGCCUUCAACCACUAUCAGAAUGGCGUGGACGUGCUGCUCCGUGGCAUACACGUUGACCCCAACAAGGAGCGACGUGAGGCUGUGAAGCUGAAAAUUACCAAGUACCUGCGGCGGGCAGAGGAGAUCUUCAACUGCCACCUGCAGCGGCCGCUGGGCAGUGGAGCCAGCCCCAGCACGGGUUUCAGCAGCCUGAGGCUCCGGCCCAUCCGCACGCUGAGCUCUGCUGUGGAGCAGCUGAGGGGCUGCAGGGUGGUCGGGGUCAUCGAGAAGGUGCAGCUGGUCCAGGACCCGGAAACAGGAGGGACCUUUGUGGUGAAGAGCCUACCCAGGUGCCACAUGGUGAGCCGGGAGCGGCUGACCAUCAUCCCACACGGAGUCCCCUACAUGACAAAGCUGCUUAGGUACUUCGUGAGCGAGGACUCCAUCUUCCUGCACCUGGAGCAUGUGCAAGGAGGCACUCUCUGGUCCCACCUGCUCUCCCAGGCGAACCCCCGACAUUCUGGGCUCAGCUCUGGCUCUACCCAGGAGAGGAUGAAGGCUCAGCUCAACCCCCACCUCAACCUCCUGACCCCAGCGAGGCUCCCCUCAGGCCACACCCCUGACCAGGACAGAAUCGCCCUGGAGCCUCCUAGGACUUCUCCGAGCCUUCCCCUAGCCGGGGAGGCCCCAUCCACCAGACCCCAGAGGGAGGCUGAAGGUGAACCCACAGCCAGGACCAGCACCUCUGGCUCCUCGGACCUUCCAAAGGCCCCAGGUGGCCACCUGCGCCGUCAAGCUAGGCGGGCUGGCCAGAAGUCAGACGCUGGGCCCCCUCAGGGACUCACUUGGGUUCCCGAGGGGACCGGCCUGGUGCUAGGGGGCUGUGGCCGAGGCACGGAUCAGAGCUGCCUGUCAGCAGAUGGGGCCGGCCGGGGCUGUGGCAGGGCCACCUGGAGUGUGAGAGAGGAGCAGGUGAAGCAGUGGGCGGCAGAGAUGCUGGUGGCAUUGGAGGCACUGCAUGAGCAGGGAGUGCUGUGCCGGGACCUCCACCCCGGGAACCUGCUCCUGGACCAGGCAGGUCACAUCCGGCUCACAUAUUUUGGCCAGUGGUCAGAGGUGGAGCCCCAGUGCUGCGGGGAGGCCGUGGACAAUCUCUACAGCGCCCCAGAGGUGGGUGGGAUUUCUGAGCUGACAGAAGCCUGUGACUGGUGGAGCUUUGGGUCUCUACUGUAUGAACUGCUGACAGGAAUGGCACUGUCCCAGAACCACCCUUCAGGAAUCCAGGCCCACACCCAGCUCCAGCUGCCCGAGUGGCUCAGUCGUCCGGCGGCCUCUCUGCUGACUGAGCUGCUGCAGUUCGAGCCUACCCGGCGCCUGGGCGUGGGAGAAGGUGGUGUCAGCAAACUCAAGUCCCAUCCCUUUUUCAGUACCAUCCAGUGGAGCAAACUGGUGGGGUAAGAGGGUAGAGCAGGUGACGGAAGCAGCUGGCCUGGUCUGGAUCGCCUCUCCUCCUUGCCUGACACCCAGGGCUGGCCCUCUAUCAGCGGGCUUCGGGCGAGGAAUGGAGGGCACUGCCUGUCCUACUGGGCUCCCACUGGGACCUCAGAAUUAUGGCCACCACCCAGGAAGGGUCAGCUCCUGGAAAAGCUGGAGGUGGGGGCAGUCAAGGCUUGCCCUGCUAAGCAGCUUGAACCUUCCACCCAUCAGUCAACAGACCCGUUGAGCAUGUGGACUCACCAUGUUAAAGGCUGCCUUCUGUGGCACUGGCGCUGAGCUCUUGACCACCUGCUGCACCCUACUGUGAGGUGCUGUGACUCACUCACUGCCAUGUUGUGCCCUACUCAGGACAUCUCUGGAGACACAUCUCAGGACACUGAUCCACUGGCUCAGUGGACCCAAACCAGACUGUCCUGGCUAGUCCUCUUAGUCACACAAUGAGUGGGCCUCUUCCACCAGAAGCUGUUACUGCAGCUGGGGAGGCUCAGAAGCAAGGAUGCCAUCUGUAGUGUGGGGAGGGAUGAGGUAGGGGACAGGAAGACCCCCCCAUUCCUGACCAUGCCCCCUAUCUUGCGAUUUCAGACUCGGGAGAGCAAAAGGGAGGGGAAGAAAAUAAGAGGAAUGGGGGGAGGAAGGAAUGCACAGCUCUGCCCCUUAGAGCAAGUCUGAAACCAGAAUCAAGAGCCCUUCUCCCCAGUGGGGCCAGCUGUGUGGGGGGAGGGGGGCAGCCUGCCCCAGGGGUGCAAGAGGACAGCAAUUCAUUCAGCCUCCAGGCCAAAGCAGCUGAGACAAGGUGUGCCCAUCAGGAUCCCCUCUCAGGCUUUGGCUGUUUACCAUGUCACUGCCUACUGUGACUUCAUGUCCUUUUGGGAUAAGAAACCACAAAACGUAUGGAACAACUAUCCAUGGCUCUUAGCCAGAAACGUCUUGCUUCUGGUCUCUGAAAAACUGGGGUGAGUGGUUGUCCCAAAGACAAUCGCCCCCAGUUUGGGGGCUCCUCUCAGGGUUCACCCUGUCACCGGGGUGUGGGACCUGGGAAACUUCCACUAGACUUUUGCCUCCAGCUCCUCCCCGCCAGCAUCCCAGUCACCACCAGGUGGCGCUUCCUACAUGGUCCACCUGUCUGGCUCUGAAGGCCCAAUUCUGUCAGGCCAGACUCCUGUCACUCAUGGUGGGGAGACCUGACUUCCUCGGGCUCUUCAGGAGACUGAGACAGAGAGGACAAGCGAAAGCGCAGCCUGUGUAUGACUCUCCGCGGUUCACAUCCUGCCUCUCCCUGGGGUUUACCUAGUCCCAAUAAAGCCUGCUCUGGUCUAUGGUGUUCUUGCUUCUUCCAUGCAAUGACCGCGGCUCACUGGGGCAGUUUGGAAGGCUCCCCCAUAGACGCUCCAGAGUGAAGUCAAGAGUGAGCUUGGGGGCUGCCAGGAAGUAGGAUGCAGGGCUGGUGGUGAGCAGCAUGCCACCUGUGCCCUGGGCCUCAGGGGAAGUGGUGAGGUCAGGAGGAGGACUAGGCUCUGUGGGGAAGAGGAUGAAGCAGCCUUGGAAGAGGCUCAUGGCCCCUGGGGGAAUGCCAGUUGCAUCCUCACAGUGACCCCUUGCAACAGAAGGCAGCUCCUGAGAAAACUGAAGCUCAAAGAGGUUAAGGACACCUAGCCAAAGUUGCAAGUUAGUGUUCCUUCUGCUACUCUCCCUGUCAGGCUGGACCACUUCCAACCACUGCUUCAUGAAACACAAGUCACUUCUGGAACUUCUGUGCUUCAUCCACCCAACGCUACAUGUCUGGUACCUUGUUGGGCCCUGAGUUUAGAAUACUGUGGGUCCCAGCUCUUAUAGUCGACCUCCUUUCGAUAGAAUGGAGCAAGCAAUGCCUAUUUUGCAGGUUUACCAGACAAAUUAAAGCUUCUAACACCAA